AUGGCUUCUCCGACCACAGCCAUUGUGCCCUCUAAGCGGGCCAGUACCGAUUAUCCCCUCAUCGACUCCGACCCUCAUCUGCGUCGUGUGUUUGGAUAUGCCCGCUCCUCUGAUUAUGCUAUUGCGGGUGGUAUGGCGACCAUUUCCCCCAUUGCUUUCUGGGUCAUGGAACGAGUGAGCCCAUCGCAUGUUGGUCGGGGUGGUUUCUCCCCUGUUAUGCGUCUUGCAACCGCCGUUGGUCUCAUUGGUGGUCUCCACAUCUUCUACCAGCGAUCAUGCCAACGCUUCUACGGCUUCACGGAAAACACUCGCGAGGUUGAGAUGGAUAUGCGCGAGAUGGUGGACAAGGUUAAGAAGGGCGAGUCCCUGUACGGCACCUCCAAGGUCUCAGAUUACCUCCAGGGUGUUGCUGCCCGUAACUCUCGCUACUCCGAGCUGUUCAUCCACGUUCUGCCGUGGUUCAACCUUGUCAACCACAACCAGCACGGAGUCGACACUGCUAAGUACUACCAACAAGCGGAGCGGGAGUUGGAGGCUGAGCGAACUGCCUAA